AUGGGUAGCCAGUUGGUUAACAGCGAACAAACAAAGUUCUGGGAAGAUGUCGACAAGUACCUCAUGUACACUGGGGUUCCGUUCUCCCCAGCCAUCAUCAUCAAGGCCCAGGGGGUACGGCUGCACGAUUCCAACGGCAGGUCCAUUCUUGAUUUCACAUCCGGUCAAAUGAGCUCUCUCCUGGGACACUCCCACCCAGAUGUCGUAGAGGUGGUGCGGAAGUAUGUCGGCGAUCUAGAUCACUUGCUGAGCAACAUGGUUACCGCACCUGUUGUUGAACUGGCUCGCCGGUUGUCCACCUUUUUGCCACCCCAGCUUUGCAAAACAUUCCUCCUCAACACAGGUUCUGAAACCACUGAGGCUGCUCUCAAAAUAGCGAAGUGCGCCACAGGAAAGUUUGAGGUCAUCGCUUUCUCGGCCAGCUAUCACGGUCUAACACAAGGCUCGGGAUCAGCUACUUACUCUGCUGGGCGCAGAAAUGGUGGACCUACAAUGCCUGGCCAGCUCGCCUUCCCUGCUCCCUACCCAUACCGCUCUGUGUUUCGCAAGGCCGACGGGUCCUAUGAUUGGGAAACGGAGCUUGAAUAUGGAUGGUCCAUGAUUGACCGGCAGAGCGUGGGCUCCCUUGCUGCUUUUAUCAUGGAACCUAUCCUUUCUACUGGAGGGAUUCUAGUACCUCCCAAAGGAUAUUUGAAGCGCAUGGAGGAAGAGUGCAGGAAGCGUGGUAUGCUCAUCAUUAUGGAUGAAGCACAAACCGGCGUUGGCCGUACUGGUCAAAUGUUUGCCUACGAAGAAGACAACAUCGUCCCUGAUAUUCUUUGUCUUUCCAAGACUCUCGGUUGUGGUCUUCCCCUUGCUUCUGUCACUACUACUGCUGAGAUCGAAGAGAAGUGCCGCAACUCAGGUUUUCUGUGGUUAACUACCCACUUGAAUGACCCGCUUACUGCAGCAGUUGGCUGCAAGGUUCUCGAGAUCGUGGAGCGUGAUAAUAUACCACAGAAAGCUGCUGAACGUGGAGAACAGCUGCGACAAGGACUUCUUAGGCUACAGAAGAAGUUUUGGUGUAUUGGCGAUGUUCGUGGACGCGGCCUCUUCCAGGCAAUCGAGAUCAUAUCCAAUCCGGAAACCAAGGCACCUGGACCUGAACUUGGCCAAGCCGUUUCCAAUCGUGCUCUCCAGCUCGGUCUCUCAUGUAAUGUGGUAAACUUGCCGGGUAUGGGAGGUGUUUUUCGGCUUGCUCCCCCUGUUACCGUGACGGAGGCGGAAAUCGACGAAGGUUUAGGAUUGUUAGAAGAAGCCUUUGGACAGAUUCUCAGUGAGAAGGGUCACACGGUUGGCAAAUAG